GGGGUGACAUUCCCGGAGGGAUCGGGGCAUUCCUGAUUUCCCUCUCUCUCUCUCUCUCGCCCCCCGCAGCUCCACCGCGGCCCCCCGGCGCUGCCGCCCGCGCCGUGAGCCCCCUGCCCUCGAUGCCCGACCCCCCCCGGGUGCCCACCAGCUGGAUGCCGACCCCUCUGGAAUCUCCGGAUGCUCCAAGUGCCUCGGUGAGCAGCGGGACGGGGGUCGGUGCCCGCCUGCAGCCGCCUCGCCCGGACCCCCCGCGCUGCCCCUCGGGUGGGCGAGUCCUUUUCUCCUGAGAAGAGCCCGGCCAGGUGAUCAAAAUAGAGACCCUCAAGGUGACGGUCGACUUCCUGAAGGUGCCCCUGGGCCUGAAGAAGCCCCCCCUGAAGGAGGCCCUGGCCGCCGUCCCGGGGCCGGGCAGAUCCAAAGCCCUGGAGCGGCACAAGCCCCGGCGCUCCGACAACAUGGACAAUGAGUCGCAGUACUCGGGAUAUUCCUACAAAUCCGGCCAUUCCCGCAGCUCCCGCAAGCACAGGGACCGGCGGGACCGGCACCGCUCCAAAAGCCGGGACGGGAGCCGGGGGGAUAAAUCCGUCACCAUCCAAGCGCCGGGAGAGCCCCUCUUGGACAACGAGUCCACCCGGGGGGACGAGAGGGAUGACAACUGGGGCGAGACCACCACGGUGGUGACGGGGACGUCGGAGCACAGCAUCUCCCACGAUGACAUCACCCGCAUCACCAAGGACAUGGAGGACAGCGCCCACCUGGACUGCUCCCGCCACCUGGGCGUGGCGCUGGCCGGGGCGCUGGCGCUGCUGGCCUUCCUCACCCCCCUGGCCUUCCUGCUGCUGCCCCAGCUGCUGUGGCGGGACGAGCUGGAGCCCUGCGGGACGCCCUGCGAGGGGCUCUUCAUCUCCGUGGCCUUCAAGCUCCUCAUCCUGCUGCUGGGCAGCUGGGCCCUGUUCUUCCGCCGGCCCAAGGCCUUCUUCCCGCGCGUCUUCGUCUUCCGGGCGCUGCUCAUGGUGCUGGUCUUCCUGCUGGUCGUGUCCUACUGGCUCUUCUACGGCGUCAGGAUCCUGGACUCGCGCGACCGCGACUACCGGGGCGUGGUGCAGUUCGCCGUGUCGCUGGUGGACGCCCUGCUCUUCGUGCACUACCUGGCCGUGGUGCUGCUGGAGCUGCGCCAGCUCCAGCCCCAGUUCACCCUCAAGGCCGUGCGCUCGGCCGACGGCGCCAGCCGCUUCUACAACGUCGGACACCUCAGAGUUCUCUCAUCCCACCACGUCUCUCGUCCCCACAGGCUGGUGGUGGCGGUGGAAGAGGCCUUCACCCACAUCAAGAGGCUGCAGGAGGAGGACCAGAAGAACCCCCGGGAGAUCAUGGACCCCCGCGAGGCCGCCCAGGCCAUCUUCGCCUCCAUGGCCCGGGCCAUGCAGAAGUACCUGAGGACCACCAAGCAGCAGCCCUACCACACCAUGGAGAGCAUCCUGCAGCACCUGGAGUUCUGCAUCACCCACGACAUGACGCCCAAGGCCUUCCUGGAGCGGUACCUGACGGCCGGGCCCACCAUCCAGUACCACAAGGACCGCUGGCUGGCCAAGCAGUGGACGCUGGUCAGCGAGGAGCCGGUCACCAACGGCCUCAAGGACGGCGUGGUCUUCGUGCUCAAGCGCCAGGACUUCAGCCUGGUGGUCAGCACCAAGAAGAUCCCCUUCUUCAAGCUCUCCGAGGAGUUCGUGGACCCCAAGUCCCACAAGUUCAUCAUGAGGCUGCAGUCAGAGACCUCGGUGUGAGAGACGAGCAGAGGGGUGGUGGGAGAGGGGGGAGACCCUUCCCCGCUCCCCUCCGGCCCCGCCGGGGGCUCGGGGAGGUCACCUCGGGGGGGGUGACCUCGGGGGGUGACCUCGGGGGGGUCAUUUUGGUGGUCAAGGACCCCAAGGACCUUGGGCGGGACUCCGGGAAGCGGCUCCGGGCUCGUGGU